GCCGCGGGCAGGGGAGGAACGAGCUUUUCAGGCUUCCAGCUGUUUCAGGCGCCAGACGUCGCAUCUGGGCUGUUUAGCAGCAUCAGUCUGCAAAUUUCUCCAGUGUCUUUUUGGUGCUGGGGAUAUUUGCAGUCUCUCCAGCCAGCUCCUGUUUACCGUGAUUUUACCCGAGCUGGACACAGAGCUGACGCACAGAAAUCACCUCCCGUUGCUUGAAGGCAGCACACACAAAUGCCAGAAAGUGCACAAAAUGGGGGAUGUGGCACCCAUGGAGUACGUGAGCACGCGAGGAGGCCUGGGCGCCACGGACUUCGAAGGAGCCCUCUUUUCUGGCUUUGCUCCCGACGGGGGCCUCUUCAUGCCCAGCGCCGUGCCCCGGCUCGACGUGCCCACGCUGCGACGCUGGAGCACCUUCUCCUACCCGCAGCUGGUGAAGGAGCUGUGCUCCCUCUUCGUCACUGCCGAGCUCAUCCCCAGGAGCGUGCUGGAUGACCUGAUCGACAGAGCCUUCAGCCGGUUCAGACACAAGGACGUGGUCCAUCUGUCCAGGCUGAAAGACGGGCUGAAUGUAUUGGAGCUCUGGCAUGGGGCUACUUAUGCUUUUAAGGACCUGUCCUUGUCCUGCACGGGGCAAUUUUUACAGUAUUUCUUGGAGAAAAACCAGAAGCACGUCACUAUCCUAGUGGGGACGUCAGGGGACACAGGGAGCUCAGCAAUCGAGAGUGUGAGAGGGCAGAAGAACAUGGACAUCUUCGUUUUGCUGCCCCACGGGCUCUGCACCCAGAUACAGGAGCUUCAGAUGACCACUGUCAUUGAAGAAAACGUCCACGUCUUUGCUGCUGAUGGAAACAGCGAUGAAAUCGAUGAGCCGAUCAAGGAAUUAUUUGCUGAUGCUGAUUUUGCCAUAAAACACAACCUGAUGAGCUUGAAUUCAGUCAACUGGUCGAGGAUUAUGGUGCAGGUUGCUCACCACUUCUUUGCUUACUUUCAGUGCGCACCAUCCCUGGACACCAUCCCCCUGCCUGUGGUGGAAAUUGUUGUGCCAACAGGAGGAGGAGGAAAUAUCACAGCUGGCUGUAUCGCCCAGAAAAUGGGUCUUCCAAUCCACGUUGUUGCCGUGGUUAACAGUAAUGACAUCAUUCAUCGGACUGUUCAACUUGGAGAUUUCUCCCUGUCGGGGGAUGUGAAGGCUACGUUAGCAUCAGCCAUGGAUAUUCAGGAGCCUUACAACAUGGAGAGGAUCCUCUGGCUGGUUUCUGACGGCGACAGCAGCCUCAUCAAAACUCUGAUGGAACAAUUCAGUGUGUCCAAAAGCCUCAAGCUCCCAGAUGAUUUGCACAGAAAGCUCACGCGGGUACUGGGCUCGUGCGCGGCCUCCGACGAGGACAUCGUGCGAGCGAUGAGGCGCUGCUGGGACGAAAACCGCUACCUGUUGUGCCCCCACUCCGCGGUGGCUGCUCACUACCACUACGCGCAGCUGGACGGUGGGAGCCGCAGCACGCCUCGGUGUUGCUUAGCCCCGGCCUCAGCGGCCAAGUUUCGGGAUGCUGUGCUCAGAGCCGGCCUGGUUCCUGACGUCCCUCCUGAAAUCAGUGCCUUAACAACGCUGGAGACCAGGUCAACCCCCUUGAAGAGCGGGGAGAAUUGGGCAGAAACGCUCCGGGAGCAGAUAGAAGAUGUGGCCCAGCGGAGAAAGAUGUAGGUGGGAUCACAGGACACCGCUGCGUGGUCAGUUGCACGGACGUGGCCUGGAUUUGUGCUAUAAAGGCAAAUGCACCCUAAGGCUCCUUUUCCAUUUGAAGGAGAGAUGUUUCUCUGAGAGACAAGUCCAGGCUCUCCAUACGAUGAGCUAGAGAAUUAUCCCGAAGCACAUACUUUGAAUUUUUUUGGAAUUAAAUAGAUAUUUUGCAAAAUGGUCACGAAAAAGCUUUCUAACUAUGUUAUCCCUUUCAUAUAAUUUCAUAAAAGCCUGUUGAGGCUUUCAGAAAAUGUGUUUGUCCUAUCUUUGGUAGCCGUUAUGGACAACUCCUUUAAAACGAUCCACGAUCAUUAGCUUCCUGAACAUUAUUCAGUGAGUCUCAUCCUGUAUGUCUUGUUUCCUCGGAAAACCCACCUAAAAGCGUACUCCCACAUGAGAGUACAGAGUUGUAAUGACUUUCCUCUGAACAGCCACUUGGUGGAAAUAACGCAUAUGAGUUACACCAGUAAAAAGCAGAGCUGAGCUGCAGUUACUAGAUCAUAUUUCCAUGGCGCUUUUACUGGUGAGAGCUAUCGGUUGUUCUUCCUUCUCCAGCAAGCGCCCUGACUCGGGCAUCUCCGUUGUUUUCAGUAGAUCAUAAAACAUGGGGCCAGAGCAGUCCAAAUAAUUGGGCUGAGCGGACACCUUAAUGCCUGUU